CUGACAGUGACAGACGUCAGUUAUAUGUUGAUGUUGUUUGUUGUGUAGGCUUUUAACAAUAAUUCCUUAGUUUCUUUAUUAUUUCGUGCACUUUAUAUAAUAUGUUUUACUUAAAAAUUCUUUCCCUUUCUAAGUGUUUGGUGAAACUAUAACCGUUAAUAUUGUACAUACAUAUUCCACAUCAGUACACUUUGGCCCAAUUUUCAGCCAUUAUAUCAGGAACCGCUUGAACUACAGGAUUGAGUUUUUGUACACAUAUUACCAGUAUUGCUAUUUUUUGGGCGUAAAAUGGACGCAAGUGAAAUAAAAUUUGAAGGAAAUGGCGGCACAACAUUCAAUAGUGAAGAAUACUGUGACUCAAAAACCGAGUCAUCUGCUCGCCUAGACCAUGACAUAGAGGAAAAAUCGAUACUUGAAAUGGAUCAGAUUUGCUGGACAUGCUUGAAUACCAAAAAUGUCAAUUACAUGAAGGAUACAUGUAUUGGAGAUGCAAAUAGUUUACAACUGUAUGAAGAAAUUGCGAACAUUAAGAUCGGUUCCGAUUCUAACGAGUCUAUGCAAAUGAUGAUGAUAUGUACAAAUUGUUCUAUUAAAUUAGGAAAAGUUAACAGCUUUAUUAAAAUGGCGCAAUUCCAUUACACGAUAAUGGAAGAAGCAGCAAAUCAGAUUCAGAAACUGAAUGCACAAUGUGAUUUUAAUUGGGUGGAUUACAAUGUGAAGAAAACUGCUAUAUUGAGAAAUGCAUUGAGUAACAAAAAGAUCCUAGACGACACAAAUAUUCUUAAAAUCGAGCGUGAUAAUGGAGACCAAAAAGGAAAUAAAAACGAACAAGACGAGAAUGUUGAUUGCAUGUCUAGCAUAUAUUAUCGUAGUGAAUCUUCUGAUGAUGACAUUCCUUUAUCAGAGAAAUUAAAAAUUUUGGUAAACCCAACACCAGAAACACUAAAAUUUAACAUUAAAUCUCGGAAACGCACCAGAAGGAAGAACAUUUCACCCAAGAGAAAAUACGUUAGGAAAAGUAAAGAAAAUUUACCAGAUAACAACAUAGACACAGAAAAUGAAAAUGCUUCCGAUAUAAAGGAAGUUUUAGAUUUACCAGAUGUAUGUCCUUUGUGUCUGAAGCAAAUUAGAUAUUUGAAUAAACAUUUACAAUCGAAACAUUGUCUCGACUGGCAGAAUUGCAUAUGCUUGAAAUGUGAAUAUCACAAUAAGAACACAAGGGAAUUAAUUGAACAUUGCCAUACAUGUUCGAAAAAUGAGGAGUUAAUAGAACUAAAGUCGGAAUGUAAUGAAAGCAUUUGUGAAAAAGACUUCCAUGACUCCGAUUUGGAUUCUGACCAAAGGGAAGACUUUGACUAUAAACCGCACAUGGGAAGUUCCAUGAAACGUCCUUCUGGUAAGACGAGUCCAUGUUACUUUAACUAUAAUUGUAAUAAAUGUGAAAACGUUGCAUUUGAUCACUACGAGGGGAUUGAGGCACAUUUAAAGUUGGUUCAUUCAACGGAAUCAGACUGUAUUCUUUGUAAAACACAGUUUGCCAGCCACUUCAGUGCUUUAUACCACAUAAUUGUUAAACAUGGCCGUCUGAAAUGCUGCAGAUUGUGUUUAAUUGGUUUCAAGAGUGCAGCCGAACUUCAUGCACAUUAUAAAUCGGAGGAGCAUAACACUAAAUGUGCAGUAUGUGGAGAACAGUUUAAAAACAGAAAAGCUGUGUAUGAACACCGAAGAAAAAAACAUCUAAAUCCGCAAGAGGAAAAUCAGAAAUAUAAAUGUCCGGAUUGUCCCAAAGAGUUCUCCAACCCUCAUAAUAUAAAUAGACAUAGAGCGGUUGCUCAUAACGAUUUGCGAUUUCUAUGUGAUACAUGCGGACAAAGCUAUACAACAAAGAGAAACCUCCGAUUACACAUUCUCAAAUUCCACGAAGGAGUACCAGUGCAAAGCAAGUCAACAAAAAAGAAUUUCUUCUGUGAAUCGUGUGGUAGAGAACUGAGGAUAUUUCAUAAAUACGCCAUCGCUUUACAUCGAGCGAAACACAAGGGACAUAACUUUGUUUGCAAAAAGUGUUAUGAAUCAUUUGCAACCGAAGAAGAAUUCAAAAGACACGUUGAAGAAAUGGGGCAUGAAUUAUUUGUAUGUGAUAAAUGCCCAUCGCAAUUUGUAAGAGAAGAGAACUUCAAACUUCAUUUAAAGAAUCAUGAUGCGCCCGGCUGGAAUAAAAACAUGUUUGCCACUUGGGGAAAAUCUGCACAGUUGCGGAACGAAAAAGGUGAAUUUGUGUGUUGUCACUGUCCGAAAGUAUUUAAGGACAAGCAACGACUGGAUAAUCAUAUAAGGGUGCAUACAAAUGAGAGACCUUAUGUGUGCCACAUAUGUGCUAAAGGAUUCAAAACUUGGAUACAUCGUAAAACGCACCUCAACAUACAUUUAGGCAUUAAAAAGUGGACAUGUAAAUACUGUUCGAAAUCGUUCACGAAUUCCAGUACUUUAAAGGGACAUGAAAUGAUUCAUACUGGCGAGAGGCCCCAUAAUUGUCCAGAGUGUAAAAAAGGGUUUAUCACGAUAUCUGCCAUGAAAAAACAUCGAAUGACCCACUUUAAGACCUCUGAUGAAAAAAAGAAUAUAUCCCUAGAAAAAAGUGAUCUAAAAAGAGAUAGCGAACAGGAAAGCAUCGCAUAUAAAUACGACCAUAUCUUUGCUGAAAGCAAUGUCAGCUAUGAAAUGGUGGCUCCUAUUAAAGACACAACUGAGAUAUUUUACGUUUUUAAAUGUUGCACCGAAAUGUGAUUGUCGUGAGAAAGACGUUAGCAAAAAUUGAAGGCGAGUUGUUAAAUAAAAUACUCAAGACGACGUCGUAAAAUAAAUAUUUAAAUCAA